AUGAAAGUCGGUUCUCUUUUGGCGGCGGCGGCUGCCUUCGUUAGGACGUGUUCUGCGAUAGAAGAGGUGGAAGCCGCUCGCGUCAUCUACUUCUAUACCGUCUACGACCUCGAUGUCGAGGUUUGGGGCCAGGGCAACGGAUACAUUGCACCCGAGUGCAAGGGAGUUGUCAUUCCUGACGGCCGCUGUACAUUCGACGAGUUUGUCAACUUUGUCGAUACGGGCGAGGCCAGCACCAACCCCAAGUACCACGACCUGACGAACAGCUUCAGUUUCCUCCCGGGCGACAUCAACGCCAUGGUAUUGGCCUUGGACGCUCUCGAUGCUAAAAUAGAGGACGUCACCGACAAGGUUGUCCGCGGCCGUCGCUCAGCCGUUGGUAUCUGGGACGACCUUGCCACCAUCGUGGACAAGGAUCACGCCCGUGCCGAGGCGCGCAACAUCAACACGCGCCGACACUUCACCAACCUGAAGGAGGCGCUGACUGGCGUGACCGCCCACACUUCUGCUCAUCUCGAGAUGGGCACGCUCGACCGGAUGCGCAGCUACCGGAAGGACGUCAUCUGGAAGAUUGUCAAUCGCGAGAGUGAGUACCGCAAGGCUGGCUGGCAAAAGAUCGACUGGCAGGCCACAAUCGCGGCGAACCCCGAUUUGGCCUAUGCCGACAGCAACCUCUACCAGAACACAGCAAAGGCUCUCAAAGGUUUCGACACUCUCCGCGGCACCAUGGCUGAGAAGUCAAUUGCGUACAAGACGGCCAAUACCUUCAACGCGUGCUUCUCAAAGUAA